AUCCUUCCUCCACAUUCCUCCACAAAGCCAGACGCGGGCUCAUGUCUGGCCACUUUAAUGCCCCGCAGACCCGCCCGAACGGGAACGGCAGCGGCCUACGAGAAAAGUCUCGCUCGCCCGUAGGCCUCCCCAUCUUUUCCUCAGCAGUCAAGGAGAAACUGUCCCGACAGUCGCACCAAAAGACCUCCUCAUGGAUCUUCCCCCUCUCGCUCCCCAUCCCAGGCGUGCGCACCCGUCGCAUCCCCAUGUGGGUCCCGAACCCCGCACGCAUCCACCAGGGGAGCGUGAGCCGAUUCGGUCGACGGCGGGGCCCCAUUAUUUUGCUGGCGUUGUUAGCGUCGGCACUGUUCACCGUGUUUGCGCUGGCGAAGAGGUUUGGGAGCGAGGAGAAGCAGUGGCCGACGCCGUUGUUCCCUGUGGGCGAGCCGUCGACUUUGGUGUUUUCGAGGGAGGAUCUGCAGAAGGUUUGGAAGUGGGAGGUCGAGAGUGGGCAUUAUCCGAGCAGUCGGGAGAUCCCGAAGGAGGUCGGGCUCUCGACUGCGCCUUUGAACCCUGCUCUCCCCCCACGAAAGGUGGCCAAGAUCCCUUCGCGGUUCAGGCCACCGACGACUCAUGUCACGGAGACCGCUGGCCAUGGCGCAAAACGGGUGUAUCUCGAUAUACAGGCCAGGCCUCCCAAUACUGCGUAUCCUCCACGGCCUGUGCCAGGAAGCGUCGCAGACCUGGACGUCGUCAUGGAGCAGUGCGAUUUCUCACAACAAAAGUAUGUUCGCGAUUGCCUCGAGGUUCUUCGGUUGAAUGCCGGCCUCGAUAAUGGAAACCGACUCCGGAGAGGGAAGUUCGACGAGUGGAGGUACAUCUAUCUCGAAGAUGGCGAUGUGGGGACUUAUACCGAGCCAGCCGCUACGAGCAUGAAGCCCGGCUUCGACGCGAUUCAGCCGUCUGGACCUCAAGACCCCAACGCAGGCCUCUCCCGGAAACCCAGAGUGGAAUGGGAAGCACCGCUAAAACUCCCUGCGCCUCUCGAACACAAGCCGUACCACUCCCUACCGUCGACUUGCGAUCCGGAAAAUCCACGGCUGUUCCAUAUGUUCUGGGCAGGUCCGUUCACCGAAAAACCAUACGUCGCGCUCUUGUCUUUCCUCUUCACGCAGAACGUCCGGUUGCAUCUUCACGAAGAACAGCCCGAUGCGACGCUCUGCAGGCCACAGUUCUGGAUGUGGAUUAAUCCUGGGCCUGCGGCUUCUGUGCCUAACCCGUCGGCCGUUCACGAUAUGUUUGAGUCGCUCAAGGAGAAUCCGUGGGCUUCGCCGUUCUUGCAUCCUCGUUUCAAGGACAUCAUCUCGUUCAAACUUUGGAACACGACGGAGCAGCUGGACGGCGUUCCUGAGAUUAAAGACGAUUGGAGGGGGUACAGGGACAGUCUGUUCACUUCUGGUGGAAACGUCGAGGGCGGUCAACUGGAUGCAGAGCCGGAAAAGGAGGUCGAGGAGCAGGUUGCGAGCGAGAGCGAGGAGGGCAGUCUGGAGGGCAGUCAGUCUGCUACUUCGACCUCGGCCGCAGCGAAACAGGAGCACAAGCCUCUGGACGAGUCCAAGAAACGGUUAGGGUCAAAGUCGGCCUCGGAGUACGAUCGCCUCUCCGUCAUUCUCUCCGAUAUGGCUCGUUUCGUGCUCUGUCAUCGCUUCGGUGGAGUCUACCUUGACGCCGACACCAUCUUCCUCCGCGACUGGGAAGAACUCUGGGGCUGGAAGGGCGCGUUCGCGUACCGCUGGUCGCGGCUCCCGAAGUAUAACACCGCGGUGCUGAAGAUGAACAAGCAUUCGGCGCUGGGGACGUUCUUGUUCCGGACGGCGUUGAAGAACGGAUUCGAUUUCCAUCCGAUGGUCGUGUCGAAGUACAUGAAGGACGCGUAUCUGGAGGGAUUGCUGCUGAGAUUGCCGGACGCGUUGUUUGAUUCCGCGUGGUUGAACACGGAGUACUACCAGACGGAUAGGCCACCGCAGCCGUACAUCACGCAGUUCAUCGACUUCUUCGACACUCCUACGCUGGUCAGUGCUGCUCCUCAGGCCCUUGGAUUUGAAGGCUUCUACCGCGGGGCAUACUCAUAUCACUUCCACAACUACUGGUGGAAGCCAUUCGACCCCUCUCGUAAUUGGCCAGAUCUCGGCCCUCGCUUCAUCGAAGGCGAACGACUCGCACGGCUUGGGGAGAAUGCUGCGUUGAACGCCACGGAUGAACUUCCCGAGGACAAAGUCGAGGACGACAAGCGAGACUUGGACUGGUCUACAGUGCUCAAACGAACCUUCGAAGCGUAUAUCCGCGGCGAACGGCCGAACAUGUAUGGCGAAUGGCUGCAGUGGUAAUUUUGGACCGCUCCAAACUCCGAUUCCGUUCUGCUGUCCAGUCCAUGGCUUUUACGUUUCUCCCAUUCCAUUCUCGCAUGGCUCGAGGUGGUUCUUGGCGAGAUAGAGUUCGCUCAGUCGUCAACUGCAACCUCACCUCACCCGGUCCUUAAUCUCGCCGCCAAUCUUCUCACUCAUCGAACCACCCCCCACUUUUGCCUCCUCUCACUUUCCCUGCGCACACGGAUCCUCUCAUAGCUCUCAUGUCCCACACUCACCCACUCACGCCCCAAUCCCAUACCCACGUCUAAAGUGCUCUCUCACAUUCUAUGCAAUCUAAUUCCAUAUCGUCAGCUCAGCUCAGCCUAACCACACACAGUGUCCUAUAUUUCACACCCGACCGCCUAACGCACGCCAAACAAUGUCUAUAUGCUCGCAAUCUUUUCUUUCUGUUCUUUUUUUUCUGUCCCAAUAUUUGACCUGAUCUUUCUUUGGGCGGGUACUUACGUGUAUAUAUCCUUCCUCGUUGCCUCGUUCCCUCAUUCUCUGCCUAGAGUACUAUUUACGAAUACCAGAUAGCCUAUAGCGGUGUCAUUCAUUUUUUUUUCGUCUUCACGCAACCGGCAAUAUAGCAUCUCUUUAUCUUUUUUUACUUACACUUACACUUACAUGACCCUACCUACCUGGCAACGGGACUUUCAGCGCCACCGCUCACUCUUUUUCUUUUGGACCGAGCGUGGGUCUUUCCGUUCGUUGUCGAUUUUUUGCUUUUAUUCCUUGUUCGUUGUGAGUCUUAAUCUAGCCCUCGUUUUCUUACAUUCUCUUUUUGUUUUUACGCUGCCUGUGGACAGUAUAUCGCAUGACGAGUGGGGC